AUGUCGAACAACGCGGAGCCGCAAGAUGUCCCUCAGGAUGAUGACGAGCCUGAUGAGUGGGACAAGCGCAUCUUCAGUACAGGUUGCCAUACCGAGCAGGACAAAAUGAACGACUGCUACUUUGCAAAGAAAGACUGGCGUGAAUGCAAGAAAGAGAUGGAAGCUUUCCGCGAGUGUUGGAAGCGCCAGGGCAACGACCAACGAACGCAGACUCGAGAUGCGUGA